AUGGCUGUGGCCCCGGACUUUGACAAUGAUGAGCCGAUCCCGGGUACUUCGUUGGAAGGCCUAGGACACGCAUGGGAGGCUGACGAAUGCAUUCGGGGCCAUGCCCUGCAGAAUGGUGGGUCUCUCUUGUCUUGGCCCACCCCAAAGCAUGUUGGGGUCAUCAACUUCCAAUGUGCGUCCCACAAUGCCAAAGUGUUGUCCAUCCUUUUGGAGCUUUGGUGCCCUCAAGUCCGGUCUGUGAAGACAGUCAACAUUGACCAGCUUAGGGCUGAGGUGAGAAGCUUCCGUGCAAAGCUUUUCUUUCCAGAGGAUGAAGUCAAGGUGAACUGUGAUGCAAUCUCCAUCAGGAGCUUCGUGACAUACUUGGGCCGACGUCACAACGGUUCCAAACGUCGUGAAGUUCCAGUGUUGGCUGAUGACUACGGGGAAUCCUCUUUGGCAGAAGCUCUGGGCAUUCCUCAGGUGGCCCACCCUGUUGUACCGGUGCCGGACUCACAGAUCCCGGCUGACUCUGCUGCUGGCCUCGACAUGGAGUUUCCCGAUCGACAGCCAGCGGAGGAUGAGAUCCCAGCCACCUUGCCUGAUGAUUCCCAGCUUCCAAAGUCGCCUGAUGAUUCCGCAAAGGCCAGUCCUCCCAUCACACCCACAGAGCUGGAGAUGACUCCCCAGGCUGCCAGUGUGAUUGAAGUGCCAGAAUCACCUCCUAUGGCUGCAGCGGCCCCAGUGACCCGGGAAGAGAUGGCAAAGGCGUCAGUUGUUGUGUUGACACAGCCGCAGCAAUCUCCUCACCCUGUGGUCGCCACGAAUGGGUUGCCUACUUCCAGCAAGCAUUCCCCAGAAGACUUACGUGCUUUGCAGGAGAAGAUCGAAUACCUCAAGCAAAGACUGCAGCAUGUGAAUGUGAAGGGUGCUGCCAGGCCUUUUCACACCAGGGACCAGGUGACUGAUGUGCAAGACACCCUCCAGUGUGAUAUGUCACCAAUAGCCAAAGAGUGGCAGGCCAACCCGCCGGCUGUUCCACUUGACCCGUCUUCGCCGAAGAGGUUUGCCAGGCCAGCUCUUUCAGAGGAGACGAUGGCUCUUGGUGGUGCCCCUUCGGCAUCUUCCGUGGGUGCUGGUUCUGAGACACCCAAAGAUGUUGAUGAGGUGAAGCAGGUGAUUCCCGAUGAGGUGGCAGUUGUGGGGGGAUCUUCUGACCAGCUGUCAAAGGAGCCACUUGUGGCUUGCGACAAAGGUGAGAUUCAAACAGGUGAUGACGGUGAUGAAGAUCUUUUCCAUGCCACUGCUGAGCCAGUGACAAGGAAACAGCAGUUUGCUGAGCGAGAUGCUUUGAAAAAGGAGAUGAAGAAGACUGAGGAGCCUCACCCUGAAGAGGGUGUGCCUGACAAGAAAACGGCAAAGAAAAAUGCACAGGCAAGCAAGAAAGCACAGGCCAAGGCCAAGGCCAAGGCCGAAGCAAAAAAAGCAGCUGAAAAGGCCAAGAAGGAAGCAGAGAAAGCAAAGAAGAAAGCAAAGAAAGAGGCAGAGAAAGCAAAGAAAGAAGCAGAGAAAGCAAAAAAGAAAGCAAAGAAGGCCGAAGGGAAGACCAGAGCAACCAAGAACGGUCAGAAGAAGCGCAAGCAACUGGAGGAGUCCCAGCCCAGUGCAGAGAACCAUGAGAAUGUUUCGGCUGUGCCUGAAAAUCCGCCUGCCCCAAGCCCGGUGCCUGCUGAAGAUGUUGUGAUGGCUGAUGGAUCGGGUUCCUCGGCCCCUGCACUGAAAGUGCCUGCUGGUUCUGGCAGCUCUGCUGCCAGCAAUGCUGCAGAUGAUGGGCUCGAUGAUGCCAAGGAGGAUGAGAGGAAGACAUUUGCCCGACGAUUUCGGCCCUCGAGAAGCGAUCCGGCUUCCCGCUUUGAUUCUCUCAAGAACACCUUCAAGAAGCACUUGGCUGGCCGAUUCAACAAGGAAUCUACCAUGGAGGUGGAGUUCUGGAACUAUUGCAUGAAGCAGCUCAAGAAUGCUUCCAGCCCUGUGUCCAACUACGACUUCUUCUUUGAGACUUGCGUCCUGACAUUUGAGGACUUGGACACCGUCAAACGUACUUGGCCAACAUAUGCAGUGUUAAUGUUUUAUGAUUUAUUUUUGGGGUCAGCUCAGACUCAGACCCUUGAAACCUCACCAACUACUGUAGAUUUUGAUUCCUGA